AUGAGGUCGAGAUCGCCUUCAAGAUCGAGUUGCCGUCGAGAUCGAGAUCUUCGUCAUCGCCGGACCCUAGCCUUUAUUCGUUGCAGACCUCUGCCGUCGCCGACCUCCGCCGUCACCGCUGACCCAAAUCUUCGCCAUCAAGAUUGUUCUUGCAGAGGUUUUUCCACAAAUGUAAAAUACAUAUGGGUUUACCUAGGCUGGUGCAAGCUUACUUUUGUGUCUUUUCUAGCCAAAAUUGCUAAAAGAGCAGUGAUUCUUCAUCACGAUGCCAUUCUGUGCGGUUUGGGCGAUGUAGAUCCAAGAUUCGAGCUCGGUAAAGCGGUUCGAGCCUUUCUCGCCCUCUCGUCAACCGAAGCUCUAUUUAGAGCCUCCGUUAGCGCCUUCCCUCCGCCGACAAGAGGCUUCACAACUUCUCAAUUGGUGCUUCGCAAAUAUCUCCAAAAUCAGAGAACUACCACAGCCAACAGUUGCCAGCACAUAAAUGCUCACUCAACAAGCAACAAACUCAGAAUUGUCAAAAUAGUGAACUUACCGACAUCAGAUCACAAGGUUGAGUAUGUAAAUGUACAAGGUAUCAUUGACGUUGCUGACUUCAACCAAAAAUUCAUAUGCUUCGCCUGUUCGAUCUGCAAUAAGAGCACAAAUGCAUAUGGAAAUGGUGACUUCUGGUGCGACUAUUGCACUCAAAAAGUAGCGACACUUCCCAGGACCAAAUUUAAUAUCCAAAUAACUGAUGAAACAGGCUUAGUUAUUGUUUCAUCAGUUAUUGCAACUGUAUUCACAAAAAAAGCAGAAGCUCUGUAUGAUGUUACUGUAACAGAACUCGCCCAACAUGCAGCGAGCGGAAAUCUGCCAAUAGCAUUGAUUGAAAAGCUAUCCCGCCCAAAAAAGGGUUGCGUCAGUUUGAGGCCUACAUGUAUCGCUAUGGAGGAAUCAACUGGUGUAUUUUCGCUGUGAAGUCAAUCUCUGACCCAAUUGAUGCUCACGAACCUCUGCAGCUGGAGGCAGCCCAACGCCAGCCACCAAUACCACACAUAGGGGCUGCAGCAUGGAUACUCGAACAGUGAGAGAGUUUAUGACUACUUCUAAAUAGUGAAUACUGAUCAAUUGCUACUGCUUUUGAGUUCUUGUCUAAGGGCUAAUCUUAGAACUUUUUGGGAAAAUAAUGAAGCUCUUAUUUUCAGCUGAUGAUGUAUCUGCAGUAAGCAGAUUUGUACGUAUUUAAGGAGUUAUAUUAUCCAUUUGAAGAUGAUAGUGGGCAAUACGAAACUUUUACUACUAAUGGGCAAUCUUUGAACAUAAUAGUGGGCAAUGUAGUGCGCA